AUGAACUAUGAAACUCAAGUGGUUGUCAAAACAAUUGAUGUCAGUCAUUUGCCUGUUCGUGCUGGUAGAUUCGUGGCUAGAAAGAACUGGAUUGUUCUUGGCAGUGACGAUUAUAUGGUUCGAGUUUUCAAUUAUAAUACAGGUGAAAAAGUAACGCAGUUUGAAGCCCAUCCGGACUAUAUUCGUGUCUUGGUAGUCCACCCCACUCAACCCUUUGUGUUGACUGCCGGUGACGAUAUGACUAUCAAGCUAUGGAAUUGGGAUCAAGGAUGGCGAAACACACAAACUUUUGAGGGCCACAGUCACUAUGUGAUGUAUUUGGCAUUUAACCCAAAAGAUCCUAAUACUUUUGCUAGUGCUUGUUUAGAUAAAACUGUUAAAAUUUGGUCUCUUGGUUCAUCAACUCCCAACUUCACUUUGGAAGCACAUGAAACUAAGGGUGCCAACUUUGUUGAGUACUACCCUCAAAGUGACAAGCCUUAUUUGAUUACCACUAGUGAUGAUAGAACUAUUCGUGUCUGGGACUACCAAACCAAGAGUUGUGUGGCUACAAUGGCUGACCACAUGAACAAUGUGUCGUUCGCAGUGUUUCAUCCUGAAUUACCAGUGAUUAUCAGUGGUUCUGAAGAUUCGACAAUAAAGAUCUGGAAUGCCAACACUUACAAACUGGAGCAAACUUUGAACUAUGGCCUGGAAAGAGCUUGGUGUGCUGCUUGUAAGAAGGGCAGUAACCUGAUGGCACUUGGUUUUGAUGCUGGUAGCGUUGUUUUGCAACUCGGUAAGGAGGAGCCUGCUAUUUCAAUGGAUCCAAAUGGUAGAUUGAUCUGGUCCAAGCAUUCCGAAGUUUUCAGCAGUGUUGUCAAAGGUGGUGAUGAUGUCAACGACGGUGAUUUCCUCCCAAUAGCCCAAAAAGACUUGGGUAAUGUCGAGGUGUAUCCUACACAACUUAACCACUCACCAAACGGUAGAUUUGUCGCUGUUACUGGUGAUGGCGAAUACAUCAUCUACACGGCAUUGGCAUGGAGAAAUAAGUCCUUCGGUUCUGGUUUAGACUUUGCCUGGGCCCAAGAUAGUAAUGAGUACGCUGUUCGCGAAUCUACAUCAAGUAUCCGCCUAUUCAAGAAUUUCAAGGAGCGUCCAAUUGGCCAUUUGAAUAUUGGUUACAGUGCUACACAAAUCUACGGUGGAACCUUACUAGGUAUCAAUGGAGGUGAAUUUGUAGCUUUCUAUGACUGGGAGUCGGGUCUUUUGGUCCGUAGAAUCGACGUUGAGGCUAGUCAGGUGGUAUGGUCCGACUCUGGUGAAUUGGUUGCUAUCAUUACGGAUGACUCUUUCUACAUUCUUAGAUUCAGCCGAGACGCAUUCCAGCUGGCGGUUCAAAACAACAGUGUUUCAGAAGAUGACGGCGUAGAGGAGUCUUUUGAAGUUGCUUAUGACAUCUCCGACUCUGUCCGUACUGGUAAGUGGGUUGGUGACUGCUUUAUCUAUACUACAUUUUCCAACCGUCUUAACUAUUUGGUUGGUGGUGAAGUUUAUACUAUCAGCCAUUUCGAUAAGCAAAUGUACCUCCUUGGAUACAUUCCUAGAGAUAAUGCUAUUUACUUGGCGGACAAGGACGUCAAUGUUACUGCUUACAAGCUAUCGUUGGCUGUUGUUGAAUACCAAACAGUGGUGCUCAGAGGUGAUAUGGAUUAUGCCGCUGAAAUUCUAGAAAAAGUCCCUGAUAAUGAAAAGACUAAAGUGGCUCGUUUCUUAGAGGCUCAAGGAUAUCCUGAGCUUGCUCUUGAGGUUAGUAGAGAUUCUGACCAUAGAUUCGAUCUUGCCGUCUCCCUUGACAAACUUGAUAUUGCUGAGGAAAUUGCAUCGUCUGUUGAUGAUGAGCACAAGUGGAAGUCUCUUGGUGAUAAGUCACUUUUAAGCUGGAACGUUAUCCUUGCCGAAAAGUCGUUCAAGGCUGCACAUGACUUUGAGUCUUUACUUCUUAUUUACACUAGUACUGGAAACAAACCCGGCGCUGCUGAACUGGCUGAAGAAGCCGUGAAGGCUGGAAAGUACAAUUUGGCUUUCAACGCCUACUGGUAUGUUGGAGAUACCGACGCAUGCAUUAAGCUUCUCAAUGAUACUGGUAGGUCAUCUGAAGCUGCAUUAUUUGCAUUGACCUAUGGUGGGGAUGUUGACGGCAGUGUCAAGAAAUGGAAAGACGGUCUUGUAAAGAGUGGACGAUCCAAGAUUGCUCAAUCGAUUAGCGAACCCUCUCAAGACAAAGAAUUAUUCCCCGCCAAUGUCGGACAGAAGGUUACUACUCUUCCAUCUAUUGGAGGUGACUUGAUUGAUGUUGACGAUAUUGCUACCCCAGAACCUGAACCACAGUCAGCUGAAGAAGCUGAGCUAAUUGAGGUUGAGGCUGAAGCUGAGCCAGAGUCGGAUCCUACAGCAGAGGACAAAGCUGAGGAAACUGAAGAUGCAGACGCCGAAGUUGAAAAAGACAGCUUAUGA